AUGGGUUUAAAGGAGCUUGGAAUUCCAGCUGGAGUUAUUACUGGUGAUAAUGUUCGCAAAGUAUUACAAUAUGCAAGGGAAAAUGGUUUUGCCAUUCCAGCUGUAAAUGUUACCAGUUCAUCUACUGCCAAUGCUGCCUUAGAGGCUGCCAGAGACAUUAAAGCACCACUUAUUAUUCAAUUAUCUCAGGGUGGUUCUGCCUAUUAUGCCGGUAAAGGUUUGAGUAAUGAAAAUCAAAAGGCCAGUAUUAUUGGUGCUGUUGCUGCUGCUCAUCAUAUUAGAAUUGUUUCCAAGGAAUACGGAAUACCUGUUAUCUUACAUUCUGAUCAUUGUGCUAAAAAACUUUUGCCUUGGUUUGAUGGAAUGUUGGAUGCUGAUGAAGAAUACUUUAAAAAACACGGUGAACCUUUGUUCAGUUCUCACAUGUUGGAUUUAUCUGAAGAACCAAAGGAUGAAAAUAUCGCUAUAUGUAAGAAAUAUCUUGAACGUAUGAGUAAAAUUAAUCUUUUACUUGAAAUGGAAAUCGGUAUCACUGGAGGUGAAGAAGAUGGUGUUGAUAACACCGACAUUGAUAAUUCACAUUUAUACACACAACCUGAAGACAUUUGGGAUGUGUAUCGUGAAUUGAGUCAAGUCACUGAUCUUUUCACCAUAGCUGCCGCAUUCGGUAAUGUCCACGGUGUUUAUAAGCCUGGAAAUGUUAAAUUAUCACCAAUUUUACUUAAAAAACAUCAAGAUCAUGUUAAAGAGAAAUUAGGCACCAAAAAUGACAAGCCUGUCUUUUUUGUAUUUCAUGGAGGUAGUGGAAGUCUUAAAGAUGAGAUUAAAGAAGCAGUUGGCUAUGGCGUGAUAAAAAUGAACGUUGACACUGAUACACAGUGGGCAUAUUGGGAAGGAAUAAAAAAUUAUCAUGACUCCAAAAGAGGUUAUCUUCAAUCACAAGUUGGUAAUCCUGAAGGUGAUGAUAAACCUAACAAAAAAUAUUAUGAUCCAAGAGUUUUUAUUCGUGAGGCUGAAAAGACUAUGGCUAAACGCGUUCAAGAAGCUUGCAAAGAUUUGGGCAAUGUUGAUCGUUUGUAA